GCAGCGGCGGGAAGCCGGAGCUGGGACCUCAGCGCGUAGCUGUAACCUAGUCGGGCUCUCUCGGGCCCAUACUCACCAUGGACGCCCCCUCUACACCCAGGGGCUUCCUCAGGAAGUACCUGGAACACCUCUCCGGGGCCGGAAUAGCCAUUGGAGUCCUGACCAGCGGCGGGGAUGCCCAAGGUAUGAAUGCUGCUGUUCGUGCUGUAGUGCGCAUGGGAAUCUACGUAGGAGCCAAAGUGUAUUUUAUAUAUGAGGGUUACCAAGGUAUGGUAGAUGGAGGUUCUAAUAUUGUUGAAGCCUCAUGGGAAAGCGUCUCCAGCAUUCUACAAAUAGGAGGGACAAUCAUCGGCAGUGCACGUUGCCAAGCAUUUCGUACUCGGGAAGGUCGCUUAAAAGCUGCCCAUAACUUGAUUCAGCUGGGAAUUACGAAUCUGUGUGUGAUUGGUGGGGAUGGAAGCUUAACAGGGGCCAAUAUCUUCCGGGAGGAAUGGAGUGGACUGCUGGAAGAGUUGGCCCAAAGUGGCAAGAUUGAUUCAGAUGCUGUGAAGAAGUAUGCGUACCUCAACAUUGUGGGCAUGGUGGGCUCCAUCGACAACGACUUCUGUGGGACAGACAUGACCAUCGGCACGGACUCAGCUCUGCACAGGAUUAUUGAAGUUGUUGAUGCCAUCAUGACCACGGCGCAGAGCCACCAGAGGACCUUUGUUCUGGAGGUUAUGGGGAGACACUGUGGAUAUCUAGCCCUGGUUAGUGCCUUGGCCUGUGGUGCAGACUGGGUAUUUCUUCCUGAAUCCCCCCCAGAAGAACGCUGGGAGGAAAAUAUGUGCGUUAAACUCUCAGAGAACCGUGCUCGAAAGAAAAGGCUGAACAUUAUCAUUGUGGCUGAAGGAGCUAUUGAUUCCCAAAAUAAACCUAUUACAUCUGAGAAAAUCAAGGAUUUAGUAGUUAAGCAGCUGGGGUACGACACUCGAGUGACAAUACUUGGACAUGUGCAAAGAGGAGGAACUCCAUCAGCUUUUGACAGGAUUUUGGCCAGUCGCAUGGGGGUGGAGGCUGUCAUCGCCCUUCUUGAAGCGACCCCAGAGAUCCCGGCCUGUGUGGUGUCCCUGAGUGGAAACCACGCGGUGCGCCUGCCGCUGAUGGAGUGUGUGCAGAUGACCCAGGAUGUGCAAAAGGCAAUGGAUGAAAGGAAAUUUAAAAAGGCCGUACAACUUAGAGGAAGGAACUUUGAGAGCAACCUGAACACCUAUAAGCGGCUUUGCAUCAAGCUUCCAGACUCACAGAUUGUGAAGAGCAAUUGUAACGUGGCUAUUAUAAACGUGGGUGCCCCAGCAGCUGGGAUGAAUGCUGCUGUACGCUCGGCUGUACGAACGGGGAUAUCUGAUGGCCACAGAAUGCUCGCUGUCUACGAUGGCUUUGAUGGAUUUUCCAAAGGUCAGAUAAAAGAAAUCAGCUGGACAGAUGUUGGAGGUUGGACCGGCCAAGGAGGAUCGAUUCUUGGAACAAAACGUAUUCUACCUGGAAAGUAUUUGGAGGAGAUUGCUGAACAGAUGCGUGCUCACAGUAUCAACGCUCUAUUGAUUAUUGGUGGAUUUGAGGCCUACCUGGGACUGCUAGAGCUGUCAGCUGCCCGGGAGAAACACGAGGAGUUCUGUGUUCCUAUGAUUAUGGUUCCUGCUACUGUCUCCAACAAUGUCCCUGGUUCAGAUUUCAGCAUUGGUGCAGACACUGCUCUGAACACUAUCACUGACACAUGUGACCGCCUCAAGCAGUCAGCCAGUGGGACCAAGCGCCGCGUGUUCAUCAUUGAAACUAUGGGCGGCUACUGCGGUUACCUGGCCAACAUGGGGGGACUUGCGGCCGGAGCUGAUGCAGCUUAUAUUUUUGAAGAACCAUUUGAUAUCAGAGAUUUACAGUCCAACGUGGAGCACCUGACACAGAAAAUGAAGACCAGCAUUCAGAGGGGUCUUGUGCUCAGAAACGAGAACUGCAGUGAAAAUUAUACCACCGACUUCAUUUGCCAGCUUUAUUCAGAAGAAGGAAAAGGAGUAUUUGAUUGCAGAAAGAAUGUGCUGGGCCACAUGCAGCAGGGUGGAGCACCUUCCCCAUUUGAUAGGAACUUUGGAACAAAGAUGUCUGCCAAAGCUAUGCAGUGGAUUACUGUGAAACUGAAGGACUCUCAACGAACAGGAAGAAAGUUUGUAACUGAUGACUCAGUCUGUGUGCUGGGAAUAAGCAAAAGAAACCUUGUUUUUCAAUCAGUGGCAGACCUAAAGAAGGACACGGAUUUCGUGCACAGAAUUCCCAAAGAACAGUGGUGGUUGAAACUGAGGCCUGUAAUGAAAAUUUUGGCUAAGUACAAAGCAAGCUACGAUGUUUCUGAUUCUGGCCAGCUCGAGCAUGUGCAUCUCCAUCCUCAAGAGGAAUCUGCAGGGAUUUAAACACCCACAUGUUCAUCCUGACUCCAGAGCUAUACUGUAUGUCUAGAUGCUUUAGAUGUUUUUGAAACGUUUAUUUAUUGGCACUUUAUGCAAGCAUUGUUGACCAAGUACUGUUGACAUUAAUACCUACUUAGUAUCAGGCACCAAUAUCAUCCAUAUUCUGAUACAAUAAAAAAAUAAAAUAUAUACUGCACUCACUUUUUUUUUUAGUUGUCCAUUGCACUUUGUAUUUUGCGUCAUGUUUUAAAAUGUAUGUAUCUAGUGGAAUUAAGCAUUUGGCUAAAGCUCCAACCAAACACAUGAAAAGAUGCUAAGCAUCUUUAGCCAUCAGAGAGAUGCAAAUCAAAACCACAGUAAGAUAACAUUUUGCUCCCACUAGGAUGGCUAAGAUUAAAAAAAAACAAAAUAACAAAUGUUGGCAAGGAUGUGGGAAAACUGGAACAUUUACCCAUUACUGGCAGGAAUGUAAAAUGGUACAGCCAUUGUGGAAAACAGUGUAGAGGUUCCUAAAAAAACUAAAAAUAGAACUACUGUAUGACUCAGUAAUUCCACUCCUAGAUGUAUACUCAGAAGACUUCAGAGACUCAAAAAGGGACUUGUACACUAGUGUUCACUGCAGCACUAUGCACAAUAGCCAAAAGGUGGAAACAACCUAAAUGCCUA